AUGCUACAACCAACAAAUCAAUACCUGACUUAUUUAGAUGACUUGAGCACUGUUGUGUUUGCUGAGGAAAUUCAGGAAGAAGCAAAUUCUUAUUUUCAACAAAUUUAUGCUCCAAAUGGACGGAUGUCUGUUGCAGAAUUUAUUUCAAAGCUUAAAUCGUUCAAGAUCUCCGCUAAUCCUCGGGAUAGGGAGCUUCUCCUCUGUGUUAUAAAGAAUCUGUUUGACGAAUACAGAUUCUUUCGCGAAUACCCAGAAAGGGAAUUGCGAACAACAGCAGAAGUCUAUGGAGGCAUUAUAAGAGAAGAAAUUGUUGAUUAUAGACAAAUUCAAUUUGCUACGGCUGUUCGCCGUGUUAUUGAGUCAUUAAAUGAUGAACCUGGAAGUAUGCUUUGGACUUUUGGAAUUAUUGCUUUGAAUAGCUGUCGAGCAAUUCUUCAUAAAUAUCCAAAAUUUUGUGAAAUGGUUGUUGCUCUUGAAAGUUUUAAUCGCUUUCCUUCUGGGCUGAAAGACUAUUUGACGUUUGGAGUGAAAAGUCAACUUCCUCCAACACACAGUGGUGACAGAGGUGAUAUUACUUGGACAUCUGGGCAAUCUUUUAUUCCAACUGGAGGGAUGAUUCAAGCUUCGCCCUUUAAUAUUCCAAUGAUUGGAUCGACACAGCCUUUGUCAAUUCCGCCAAAUAUUGGAGGGAUGAAGUUUUCUGCUCCAAGAGGACUUAAUGCGGGAAAUUCCAUGUUAAACGUCACCAAUGUCGACAUUCUUGUUAGUGCAACUGAGAGAGAUGGUACACAAGUCAAACAGCCUCCACAAGUUGUUUUUGAAAAAGUUGCUUUUACUUGCAACAAUUUGUGUACUAACAACCUCAUGGAAAAGACUCAAGAAAUCAACGAACUCGUAAAGGAAGGUGGUGAAGAAUUCAACAAAUGGUUUGCCCAAUAUCUGGUUAUGAAGCGUGUAACUGUCGAGCAAAACUUCCAACCUCUCUACAAUUCUUUUUUAAUGCUGAUAAACAACGAGACUUUGGAUGAAUUUAUUCGCAAAGAGACUUUUCGAAAUAUUGAUAUUCUUCUAAAAAGUGACAAACGCCAAGCUGUUUCUAAUUUUGGUGAUCGUCAAUUACUUAAAAAUCUUGGACAUUGGCUUGGAAUAAUUACUAUAGGAAGAGAUCAACCAGUUUUGGCUAGAAAUUUGGAUUUGAAGUAUUUGUUGAUUGAAGCUUUCUAUAAAGGACAACAAGAAUUGCUUUAUAUUAUUCCAUUUGUGGUUAAAUGUCUGAAUGCGAGCGCUAAGAGCACGAUUUUUGGACCUCGGUGUGCUUGGAUCUAUUCUCUUCUCAAAGUGCUUGUCGAAAUUCACAACGAACCGGACCUUAAACUCAACUUAAAAUUUGAAAUUGAAGUUUUAUGCAAAGACCUCAGUAUUGACUUACGAAGCGUUGAAGUUGGGAAUUAUUUGAAGGAAUCUAGCAGACUGCCAAAACUUUUACCUGUCAAACCAGAUGGUCUUUCGCCCGUUCCAUCUUCUUCUAUGGGACCACUUCAACAGGCUUUCCAUUCAGGAAUGUCCAUGUUUGGUGGAGUAAAUAGGCCUGGUUCUGCUUCAGAAAUGCUCUCGAAUUUAAAUAUCUCGGCUACUGGUGGAAGAGAUUCAGCAUUUUCUGCAUCGCCUGCCUUUUCUUCACAACAAGCUUUGCAAUUGCCUUCAAGAAGUUCUGUUCAAACUCCGGCAAUUCCAGCUUUCAAUUAUGCUGAUUUGAACAUUUUUACUCAAUCAGGUCUUUUGCAAAAUACAACAAUUCCACAGCAUCUUAUUCUUUUCCAAAUGCAUCCAAAUUUGAAGUAUCUCUGCAAGAAUGCAAUUCUACAUGCAAUUAAAGAACUUAUUGGUGGAAUUGCCGAUCGUGCAAUUAGCGUUGCAAUAACUGCCACAGAACAUGUCUGCCGUAAAGACUUUUGCCUCGAUCCAUCAGAGCAAAACAUUCGUCGUGCAGCUCAUCAAAUGAUGCGUGCAAUGACUGCAGGAAUGGCAGCAAUUACAUGUCGAGAACCAUUGGCAACAACAAUGCUUGGAAUGCUUAAACAAUCACUUUGUAAUUCUAUAGGAAAUAUUCUAACUGGAAGUGAUCAAGCAAAAAUGAUUGACGAGACAGCAAUUGCUGUAACAGAAGCAAAUAUUACUUUGGCAACAAAUUUCAUUGUCAAAAGUUCUUGCGAGAAGGCAGUUAUUGAAAUUGAAAAACGUUUGGAUUCUGAAUUUGCUGCACGUAGAUUGGCUAUGAAAGAAGGUAGAACAUUCCAAAGUGGGGCUGAAUUGACGGCUGUUUUGGAGAAAGUUCCUGAAAUGAUUCGAAUUUAUCAAGGAGUUACAACAGAAUCGAAUAUUAAAAUUUAUGACGACUUUUCUGCAAAGAUUUGUGGUUUCAAGCCUCUCGUUCCUGAAGAACGUUUUAUCGAGUUCACACGUCGUGGUCAAAUGACAACUCCAGCAGCUGGUAGUGGUCCAAGUCGAACACCAACAAAUGCUUUCUCUACUCCAUUUGUUCCAGCUACAAGUAUUUCAUCAUUACCCGAUGGUCGUCCUCCUACUGCAAUUACUUUGCCAAAUAUGCUUCCUUCGCAUCCAUCGCAAUUGCAACAUCCAACAGCAAUUAUGGGUGGUGAUAGAAUGCAAAUGAAUUCAAAUUCUCUAUUUCCUGAUGAAAAUACUUUUAACUCUGCAAAUCUUGGAUUAAGAAAAAUGAAUGAAGAUCAAAUAUUGCAAAGCAAAGUAGAGACUAUUUUGAGGGAAUGGAUUACUAUUUGCUAUACUCCAAUGGCACAACGUGAUCCUCAACAUGCUUUGGCAUGUAUUGUUCAAAUGAUGCAUGACAAUGGAGUAUUAGCAACUGAUGAAAUGAUUACCAAAUUCUUCAAAAUUUGUGCUGAUAUUUGCUUUGAUGUCUCUUAUCGUCUUCUCAAAAAUGAUUGUAUUGGACAAUCAACAGUUGUUCGUCAACGUUGUUAUUAUACUUUGGAUGCCUUUACUAAAUUAACUUGUUUAAUGGUUAAAUACAGUGAUGGACAACAUCAUUCAACAAAAGUUAAUUUACUCAAAAAGGUUUUGAACAUUCUGAGCAGCGCUGUCCACAAAGAUCAUGAACAACGAAAAUUUGAUUUUAAUGGGAUGCCUUUCCAUCGAAUUUUAAUUAUUAUGUUUAAUGAAUUGACAGCUCCAGAUCCUGUUUUGGAUCCAAUCCAGUGGCACAUUCUUGAGGCUUUCGGACAAACACUUUUCUUACUUCAACCUCGUCGUGUGCCUGGAUUUGCUUUUCAUUGGCUUGAUAUUAUUGGACAUCGAAACUUUAUUGGGCGAUUGCUUGCUGAUUCUUUUGAUUUGGGUCGAACUGGUGCUAUGUAUACUCAAUUAAUUCUCUGCCAUCUUAAAUUCUUGGCACUUUUUCUUCGCAACGUUCAACUUCCAAAACCUAUUUCUUUUAUUUAUAAAGGAACUUUGAGGGUUUUGUUGGUUAUUCUGCAUGACUUUCCAGAAAUUCUUUGUGAGUAUCACUAUGUUCUCUGCGAUGCAAUUCCACCAAAUUGUGUGCAGCUGCGCAAUUUGAUUUUAAGUGCAUAUCCAAGAGAUAUGAGACUUCCAGAUCCUUUUGCAGAGAAUUUUUCGAAGAUUGAAAACUUUCCGGAAAUGAGUACAAAUCCAAAAACACACAAAGAAAUUAACAAUAUAAUUUCUCAAGAUUUACGUAAACGUUUGGAUGAUUAUUUAGAGACUCGUUCUUCAAUUAGCUUUUUGUCUGACUUACCAACAUUUCUUGAAACAUCAUUACAACAACAACCAUCGUCAUCAUCACCUAGUCAAAAAUAUAAUAUUAGUGUUGUUAAUGCUGUUGUUAUGUAUGUUGGUGUUAAAGCUAUUGAUUCUAUUAAUGAAAAGAAACAACAAAAAAUUUCUAUGGAAAGUAUUGCACAUACUGCUUUUAUGGAUAUUUUUCAGAAUUUGGCUGUUUCUCUUUGCACUGAAGGUAAAUACUUGCUCUUCAAUGCUAUUGCCAAUCAAUUGCGUUAUCCAAACUCGCAUACUCAUUACUUUAGUUGUACAAUGCUUUACCUCUUUUUGGAGGCAAAUUCUGAACAAAUUCAAGAACAAAUUACUCGAAUUUUAUUUGAACGUCUCGUAGCACUUCGACCACAUCCUUGGGGUCUUCUCAUAACCUUUAUUGAACUCAUAAGGAACCCGCGUUACAAUUUUUGGAAGCAUGAUUUUGUCCGUUGUGCACCAGAAAUCGAACGGUUUAUUUUGUUUAUGAGUGUUGCUAAUUCUUGUAGUGUUUGUUCUAUUCCAACAGAACAACAAUCUAAUGGAACUUGA